UCCACAAAGAAGAAGAUGGCCUCCUGUUAUCUCCAAGAGAGAGAGAGAGAACGGAGGAAGAAGUUGCGACAGAGGCUUGAAACAGACUUUGACCAAACUAUUUUACGAGUCUGGCAGGCAGGAACUUCCAAAAGAUCAGAAAGGAAAUCUAAAUUCUGCAAACCUCACUGGCCUCCUGUGAUUUCACCAGAGGAAAGUGAGAGGAGGAGACGCUUCAGGAAAAGCCUGGGCAGAGAGUCUUCUCCUCAAGACUCCCUGUGCAGGAGGCAGUGGCCUCCAGUGCUGAAAAAUGUGAAAGUGUCAGUUCCCCCGUGUGCAUCGCUUGCUGUGCUCCCUCCAACAACUGCUGUAGCAGAUACAGCCCUUAAACGGGUGCCAAGGACCACGGUCUGGAGAAGAAAGAAGAGGGCUGAAGAGGACAAAAAGGCCCUGAUGCACGGUAAAGCCAUCGCACGACGAGCAGAACCAAAGAGAUUUACCUGCAGGCUGUGUGGACAGCCGAAGAGACUGGAGUUUGGACACAGUUUUUACAAAGGAAAGAGUUUCUGUGCCACUUCGGCUGGAAAUAGUGUAACACAGUGGCUCUCCGAGCAGAAGAGGAUGGCAGGUACGGAUAAUUUGAGUAAUGCGUCACAGACAACCGCCUCGAGGUGGAAGAAGCCACGCAAACCAUAUACCUGUCAGCUGUGCCAACAGCCAAAAACAAAGCAUUAUGGGCACUCACGAUACGCUGGCAAAACCUUCUGCAGCACAUAUGAGGGGAAAACUGUGGAGCUUUGGCUGACAGAGCAACGCGCUCUUUCUCGUAUUGAAUAGCAAUUUCUUACUAUUUUGUUAUACUGUUUGUUUGCUUGUUUGAACAAA